AGCUUGGCGCAGGCGCCGUCCGCGCGGGUCCCGGUGGGCGCAGGCGCAGUGAGUCGGAGCGGCGGCGAGGGGCGAGUCGGCCAUGGACGACGAGGAGGAGACGUACCGGCUCUGGAAGAUCCGCAAGACCAUCAUGCAGCUGUGCCACGACCGCGGCUACCUGGUGACCCAGGACGAGCUGGACCAGACGCUGGAGGAGUUCAAAGCCCAGUUUGGGGACAAGCCCAGUGAAGGGCGGCCACGGCGCACAGACCUCACUGUGCUGGUGGCCCACAACGACGACCCCACCGACCAGAUGUUCGUCUUCUUCCCGGAGGAGCCAAAGGUUGGCAUCAAGACCAUCAAGGUGUACUGCCAGCGCAUGCAGGAGGAGAACAUCACGCGGGCCCUCAUCGUGGUGCAGCAGGGCAUGACGCCCUCGGCGAAGCAGUCCCUGGUCGACAUGGCCCCCAAAUAUGUCCUGGAGCAGUUCCUGCAGCAGGAGCUGCUCAUCAACAUCACGGAGCACGAGCUGGUCCCAGAGCACGUGGUCAUGACCAAGGAGGAGGUGACGGAGCUGCUGGCUCGCUAUAAACUCCGCGAGAACCAGCUGCCCAGGAUCCAGGCGGGAGACCCCGUGGCCCGCUACUUCGGGAUAAAGCGAGGGCAGGUGGUGAAGAUCAUCCGGCCCAGCGAGACGGCGGGCAGGUACAUCACCUACCGGCUCGUGCAGUAGCCGCCGGCCCGACAGCUUCCCGGAGACAGACAGACUUCACCAGCAGGGAUGGACGCCGUCUCGCCCUCGGUGCCCAGGACGUGCUCAGACAAGGAACCCCAGCCACGGCUGUCCUGGGCCUGGUGGCGAGGACCCCCUCCUUAGUGUGGCUGCCCCAGAGGCGUCCGGGUGCCGGCGUCAGGCAGGCGUCCUGCACCUCGUGCCCCCCCAGCCCUUCAAACUGCCGUGGGCGUCCCAGCCCUCCCUUGGCACUGCUGCCCCCUCUUCGGGUGGGGGCUCGUUCCCCAACAAUCUCUUGGUGGCCCCAGCAGUGCCCCCACCCCCACCUCGGCUGCCACAAGGCACAGGACCCCCAGCCUGACCCCCCAGGCCCAGCCCUCCUCGCCCUGCUGCCUGCCUCCAAGUGCUGUGGCAGCACGGUGACAACGGGCCUGGUUUCUGAGUUGUUGUUGCGGGCCGGGUGUGUCUGAAUAUUAAAGAUGUUUUGAGUAAAAACAUCUUAACUCAACAGAGUGGAGCUCCCAGGCCUAGCAUGUACGGCCUCGUUCCGGGACGGGGUCAGGGGUCUGGGGCCGUGCAGUCUGCCCACGUCACAUUUCCGUCCCCUUCCUCCGCGUUCUUGCUCCGCAGCCGCCCUGUGCACGCAGCGCUGGGUGCUGCCUUCUGUUGGUGACGGGCUCCCCUGUGGCCCCCAGCAGGGCUGCCGGGCUGCCGUGGGCUUCCAGAGCCUCCCCUCCUAUCCCCAGGCCCGAGCCUGAACGGAGAGCUGUCGCCCCACGUGCUGGGCUGUGUCCUCGGGGACUUCUGCUCAGCCAGGGCCAGAUGCGGGCCCUCGACCAGAGGGCACCACCAGUGUCCCCUGCACAGCAGGCUCCCCGUGUCCCCUCAGGCUGGCCCGCGGCUGCAGGACUUUUGUCACCGGCCUGGGAGGCUGGGCCCUUACCUUGUGCCCUUUCCGUGCUGUGUGCUCAUGAGAAGAGGCCCGUGGCCCGCUGCCUGCUCGGUCUGCUGCCCACACCACGUCCAUUUGGGGUUCGGGCCCUUUCGGUCCAUUACAAGUUUCUGGGAGAUGAAUCCUUUUCUGGGAGAGGCCAGGCAGGCCCUCUCUCCAGCUUCUCAUUUGAAGUGGUUUAUGGACUUUUCUUUUUCUUUUAAUUGUAUUUUGAGGAGUCAUCGGUUUCCAGAACAGUCGUGUGAAAUGCGGUUCUCAUAUACCACCCCCCCCCCGUUAACCCAUUGCCUUGGUGUGGGAUGUUUGUCACACUUCACGAAAGAAUGUUUUUUUAAUUGUGUUGCUGACUAGAUCUCGUUCUGUUGGUGCUCACUGUGUUGUAUAGUCCUGUGGGGUUUUUGUAUUAAUUUUUAUUCUAGUAAACUUUCCCCUUUUAAUCACA